AUGGGCUUCGUGCUUGACGAACCAGAAGAGGAUGAAGCUUUGGUGGCAAUUUUCCUAACUCGCCUGGACAUUAUUGCACAGAGGGGUCUGAAGAGAGCUCGAGAUGGGUCAGGUAGAAAGGAAGAAGAGAUUGCGAAAGGGGUCUCGAGCCGUUUUUGGAUAGAAAGGAAGAAGGGAGCUCGAUUUCGUUUGGGAUAUGGAGGCGGUGGGUCGUCGGGGAAGAAGGGAGCUGUUUCGAAUAUGGAGGCGGCGGGUCGUUGA